GCCAUUCCACCCGAAUCACAACACUGACAAUACUCCGAUGGUCGCACUCAUAAACAUUCAUGCUUUUCAAAAGUGACGAAAACAUUUGAAGGAUAUUUAAUAUUCAAGCAAGUUGUACUUUGGGGGGUUAGCUCCUCUUAUUUGUCAUGUGUCAGGUUGCAAUACAAUGUUAAAAGCUUGAAACUUUUACUUUGAAUGCGAAAGGUCUCAGUUUCCGGUGUGCUCCACUUUUUCUCGUUUUCAUUUUAUCGUCAAGAACAAGCUAGGUAUAGAGAUAAGCUGGUUCCUAGGUGUGUUUUUGUUCAAAGCAACAAUAAAACAGGGAAAGUUUUCGUGUUAUUUGGGAAACAUCACCUGUUGAAGAACCAGCUCAUACAUACACUCAAAACUGUCAUAUUACAGCUUCGGCUACUUUAUAUUAAUUAAUCUUACACAGACACAAGUUUAGCGAGAAGGUUUUGCCGCUGCAUUUGUUUUAUUCUUACAUAUCUUGGUGAAACCCACUGAACACUAGUAGCAGCUGAAGUACAAACACGGAAACUUGUCAAAGCAUGCAGUGUUUGGAGGAAGCGCUGACGGCAGUGUGCGAAACGUCUUCAGGUCGCAGUUUAUGACACAAGUCGCGCCAAUGUGGUGGAAUGGACGGAGCUGUGGACAGAGGAGACAGGUCGGCCCUCAGCAGCACGGCGAAACCAACAGGAGCUCAGGAAGCUCUGCACCAGUGCCGACUCAUCCAGCAUCUGGUGGACAUCUCGAUCAGCAGCCUCCUCUCUCUUAGGACAAGAUGCGCCGCAUCCAACGACUUCACCCGGCGGGAGAUCCGUACUUUAGAGGUGAAGCUGACCAAGUACAUGUGGACACAGCUACAGCUAAGGCAGAGGAUACCAGAAGGAGAAAGACCUGAAGCUCUCGCUCAAUACCCAAGACUGCAGGACUGGCUCCUCACAGCUGACCUCACGCCACAGUUCAUACAGGCCUUUUUUCAUCUACUGAACUCAACAAAAUUGAAAGACAUAAGCUUGUAAUUUUCAAAAUUGAACCUGGAUCUGGAAUUUGGGACAGAUACACUAAAUGCUUGUGUAUUGUGUAUUAAAUAUUUUAAAAAGCCAUAAUCUAAAGUUCCAUAUUUAA